AUGGGGCCCAGCAACUCCAACGCGCGCAGCGGCGCUGCGGCGCUGUUCGCUGGCCCCAUCCCGCUGCUCGUGUCCAUCGCCACGCUGCUUGCCGGCCUCGUCGCGUGGGCGGUGACCAUCCUGCAGGCGCGCGCCUCCACGACUGAAAUUUUCAACGAUAUGGGGGUCAGCAUAGACUCAAUCACCCAGCUGGAACAAGCCGCGGGCGUUGGCGUCGGCAUCAUCACACCGCUGCUGGCAGUCCUGAUUGCCCUCAACGCGUACCUCCGGCUGGACAGCCUCGUCGACUGCGCGCCAGCAGGCCCCGCCGCUGAGCGGCGCCGCGCGGCGCUGCCCUGGCUCGCCGCCGCCAACAACGCGGCAAUCCUCGUCAGCGCCCUCGCGCUCGCCGCGGCGGCCGGCUGGCUGGUGGAUAUGCGCCUCUUCAGCCAGGCGGCCGCGGGCGGCGGCGGGCGCCCGUACCUCGAACCCGCAGACCCCGUGGCGCCCGCGGCCGCCGUCACAGCAAACGCGGCCGCGUCGGCGCGUGGCGGCGGCAGCGACGCCGCCGCUUCGAUGGGUUUCAGCAUUCCCUGUCCGCCCGGCUGCAUCGAUUUCGGAGCGUGGGCCUCUCUGAUGGGUUUGCCCUGGCACUGCUUGUGUCUGCCCGGCUUCCUAAUGAAAAAGGUGGCGGAGCAGGCCGAACGGGCGGUGGGGCAGCUGUGGGUCGCGGCCGCCGGCGGCACGCUCAUGGUGCUGGGCGCCAGCUGGCUCUGCAUGCUGUCGGUCGCGGCGCUCGCCGCGGCCCCUGCUGCGGCCGCUGCCACGAACGCCGGCGGUGGCGGCGGCGGGGCGGGCGCGAGCGCGGGGGCGGGGCUGGCGGCGGCGAGGGAGCCGCUGCUGCAGGGCGGCGGGCGCGGGGGCGCGUCCAGGAUGCAGAGGUGGCGUGCCAUGUUUUGCGAGGGCCCCGCGGCCGCCGCAGCGCCCGCGGCGCCCGACGCCCCCCCGCAGCCGAGCAGCAGCAGCGCCGGCGGCAGCAGCAGCAGCAGUGACAGCAGCAGCGCUGGCAGCAGCAGCAGCGCGUCGCGGGUUGUGCAGGAGCCAUUGAUCUCCCCCAAAAAGGAGGCCCAGCUGAGCCAGGAGCAGUACAGGGAGAUAUACGACCGCCUGAUUGGGAUCUUCCAGCAGCGGCCGCGGGACGAUUGGAAGAAGCUCAUCGUGCUGAGCCGCCAGUGGCCGCAGCACAAGGCCGGCGUGUUUAACCGGCUGCGGGAGGUAGCGGACAAGGAGGCUGACGUGGACAAGAAGAUGAUCCUGCGGCGGCUGUUCAGGACGCUGCAGGGGGUCGAUGACGAGGUGUCGCGGUACAACUCGGUGCUUGCCCGGUUCCUGGCGGCGGAGGAGGCGGAGUGGGAGGCGGUGGUGGCGACAUACAGGGGCGACCUGCAGCGGCCGUUCUUCGAGCACAUGCAAGUUCUCAUCGCGGCCGCAAAGGACGACGAAGCCCGCAAGGAGCAGCUUGUGGCUGUCAACGCGCGUCUGCUGGCGCUUGUGACGGCCUUUGACAGCGUUGAGGCUGAGCCUGAGAAGCUGGAGGCGGCGGCGGAGGUCUACAGGGACCUGCUGUCAUCGAUCAGCAGCAUAGAGGAGGCUGACAAGAAGAUGGAGGAGCUGGCCUCCAGCGGCAAGAUUGACCCCGCGUUUCUGCAGAGCGCAGGGCGUGGCGACGCGGCGCACGCGACGAUCACCGCCAAGGCCUACGGCGCCGCCCGCGACACAAACAUGACACUGGACGAGGCCAAGUGA